AUGAAUGCUUUGGUUAGAAUAGAACCAGCGCAACGUUGUCAUAUCCCCAAUCUUGAUUCUUACCAUUACGUCUACAACUUCAUGGCUAUGUAUAAUCAGUUCCCUCAGAGGUUUCGAUACGCAAACCACAUCAUUGUCUUCUUUGAUGUUAGUAUGAAGUCUGCAAGUCUUUGUAUCUUCCGGAAAGAGCCAUUAACAGUCGCGGGAAACUUACCGGGAAUGUUUUUGGUGGUACUGGAAAGGUUUGUUUACGAAACGAAACUUUCGUUUUACUGCAACGACAUCGGAUUUCAAGGAUUCACAGCAACGACGUCGUUAAAGGAUGGGUUUCAUUCAUCUGAACUACAAUGGCUCAGAGUUAGUUUGAGACUCAUCAUUGAUGAAGUAACAAACAAGGUUGUUUUGGCUGAGGAUGGUAAAAUCGUUAGAUUGCUUGAGAAGCAUCGAAAGUCUGAGUCAGUUACUAUAGGAUGUCUUAGCAACCUUUAUACAAGUGUUGUGGACAUGAAGAUUGAUCAUUUUGAGACUGAAGCUUGUAAGCAGAUGUUGCUUUAUCCCAAGAACAUUAGGGAAGCUCAAUACAGAAACUUUAAGCUCAACAUUGACCCUAAUGAAAGCUUCAAGUGCUUUGGGCGUCGAUGUUUCUUCUUCUGUAGAAUGUGUAGUAAUUUUAACACGUCCCUAUGUAAGUGUGGAAAGAUGAUGAAUGAGGAGAUAAGUUUUUUAGAAUAUGAGGAAAAUGAUGUCGAAGGAGUGUUUAUGAGAGACAAGUCGUCGUUUAUCAUAACCGAUGACUUGAGAGUCACGGAUGACUCUACUGGUUCUCUCUUGCAAACACUCAAAGAUCUUGGUUGUGCUGAUGUUAGUAAGCUGAGAGAGCAGGUUCUUGAUAUCGGUUUCAAAGAGGUUAUGACUUUGCUGCAAUGUGUAUUCACCUCAAAUACACCUUUGACGGAUACUUUCUUGAAGAAUCAAAGUUCAAACACGGUGAGGAAGAGUUAUAGAAAGCUGGAGGAUGAAGCAGAACAAGACAAAGUUAUAACUUUUGAUGCUAUCGUAAGGAAACAAGACAUGAAGAUUUUGUACGUUGAGUGCGGUGAAGACUUUGUUGAUCUUCUUUUCACUUUUCUCGCCAUUCCGUUGGAGUCUACAUGGGAAAUCUCUGGCAACAAUAUCACAUUAGGUCGUAUUGGGAACUUGUGCAGAAGCUUCAAAGACUUGAGUGCUAAUGAAGUGUUGUCAACAUCUAAAUGUAUGAUUCCGUAUUAUUAUAGGUGCAAGAAACAGUUGCUCAAUAUCAGAAAUCCUACACCACGGGUUUACUUAAACAGCAGUUAUUGUUUGACUACAAAACAUACUACAAGGCGCAUGACUUUUGUGGAUCCAAAAUCUGAUUAUUGUGACCGGUCAAAAGAUGGUAUGGGGUUUGUGAAGAGAGGGACAAAGUUUUUUGUGUCAGAUGAUCUUAUUGUAACACCUAAGAUUUCUAGCUCAACAUUUUCUAUGUUGAAGAAGUUUCAGAUUCUCACUGAUGAUUUGGAGGUGCAAGCAAUUACCAUCAGCAAUGCAGAGGCUUUGAAUCUGUUGAGUGCUUCAUUGGUGACAUCCUCUGCUUUGAGCUCUGCUUUUGGGAAUUUGAUUGUAAAGAAACCGAAGGAAGAGACUGUUUCGUGGAACCCUGUUUCAAAGAAACCAAAGGUAGAGACUUGAAGUAAACACAAAGGUGGAGAGAAUCCUGAGAUAUUUUUCAACGCUAAACUUGUACUGCUUGCUAUAUUUGUUUGCUAGAUUCUUUCGGUUUGUGCAAUGUGGAUUUUCUCAUCUUUCUUGAGACUUACUUUAUUAUUGUUAAUUUUUCUCUUAUGGUCUUGACUUUGGUUUUCUACUUGGUUUAUUUGAAACUUUUAAAAUAACUACAACGUUGGUUUCAAGAAAAUCAUAAAUUUCUGUCGCAUUAAGUAAAUAAUCCAGUUUGAAUCACAAUUUCUUCCUUCUCUUUCUCA